CAGUCGUGCCGUUUAAACUUGAGCAACCAUCACUCGACUCGGGAUCUUUUGCUUUGCCAACUUUCACCUGUUUUAUUUGCGUCUGCGCACUAUUUUUUUCACUUUUCCAUUCUGCUGGUGUUGCAGCAUAACCACUGACAGUUGCUUACCUUUUCCACCGUUGAAACAUGUCGUCCAUCAGCAGUCGCUUUCCAGGACAACGUGAACGUGCAACGUCCACCAUGUCCAACGCGUCGGGCGUCACCCAGCUGAGCAACAUCACCGUGGCCGUCCAAAACGCCAUCUUCCGCUGCCGCAACGUCCCCGCCUUCCAUCCACCCCCACCGGAGCCGGCGGAGAUCCCGGUCCGAGAGAAAGAGACAGUGAAAACGGCUGCCGUUGAGAAAGGCCACACCAGCAGUGUCCAUGCACGCUCCGAUGCUCCCGCGGCUGUUUUCAAAGCCCCUGCUCUGCCGCCGGCGAAAAAACCACCCCCACCAGCGAAAACGAAAGCCCCAUCCCCUCCCGCGAAAAAGAAAGCCCAAUCACCAGUGAAGAAACGCACCCAAGCGUCCUCGCCACCGGCCAAACAACCGCCGACCAAGCGCAAUCCGAUUCGUGGAUGCCGCGCUAAGGCUGCGACGUCGGUGUACAAGGAAGCCUCGCGAUCGCGAUCGCCGUCACCGUCGCCCCGCCAUAAGCGCAAGGCUACUAAAUCGCCGGCAUCCGAUAAGCAGCGUUCCCGUCCAACGCAGAGCGUGGUUUCGACAAACGCAAAACCGGCGGCAUCCACCGUGGCUGCGAAGCCGAGUGCCCGCGUCGUGGCCGUUGAGAAAGCUGUGCUGCCGCCGCCAGCGCCGUUGCGAGAAGUGGAGUCGAGAGUGAGCGAGACACGACCCUUCUCCACGCCCUACAUGAUGACACCACUAGCAGCGUCCACGCCGAUGCCGCCGCCGUUACCACCAUCGCAGCCAACUGUGCGGAAAAUUGUCAACGACGGCCUGCUGCAGUUGAUCGGGAAGGUGCGAACGAUGGCCAAUCUGGAGAAGGAACGCUGUGGACACGGUGUGUCGGCUCAUGGCCAUAUGAAGGAGCAUUACGAGCAGACUGCACAGUGUAUGACGGAGUUGGAAGAGUUCAUCCGCACGGAAAGCCAGUUCAGCCGUAUGGCUUCACCGGCUUCGACUCCGCCGGCAGCUGCGGCGCCCCGAACGGUUACCGCUGCUCGCCAGCCGGCCCUUGUUGCAGCGCCUUCUCUGCCCCGCAGUGCUGAUAUCUUAAUGAAGAAACUGCAGAAUGUCAUGGAUGCCGUUGUCAAUGUGGACGAGAAACGAAUUGCUGAUGCACUGAAAAUGCUGGGAGACAUCCGCAAGAGCGUCAUGGCUGCCGAUAAUCUCCGCAACGAAAAGAUGCAAGAGAUGACCUUGUUGAUGCGGCAGUUGGCUGGAAUUGUCGGUGGCUCGCUCUGAGUAAGACAGUUUUGUGGUAACAGUGGAGAAAAGAGAAUAUUUGUGUUAUUAUAAUUUUUGGUUCUGCGCUUAUCUGUAUUUAUUUGUUUUUAUUUUCUCGCAUCAAUUUCGUGAAGUGAUGCGGAAAAUGUAUGUGCUCGUUGCACCCAACUGGAUCUUUAAUAAUUUUCGGAUUUCGAGUUUUUAUCUUUUGCUGUUAGUUCAGUUUUCGUCAGGCGCGUAAACGGUAAAGGUAUUGGAUACUCUGUACCUGUACAGGCUGUACUUAUCGUACAAUAUUAAUUACAUUUUUUAGCGUUUUUCCAUUGUUAUAAACAUCAGCUGGCAAGA